AUGGAAAAAGAAAUAAAUAGUCUUUUAUCAUGCUUUGAAGCCUUCGGAUUGCAAUAUUUUUCAUUAAGAAAGGAUGAUCUACAUAGUCGACCAUCAAUUUGGCGAACAGUUUAUUUUGCUUUUAUAUUAUUCUUAAUUACAGUUGCAUUUGUAACUACUGCCGUGAUUAGCAAUGUCUUCUAUUUAGAAGAAAUGUCAACCAAAUGUCUUGUGUUGUAUGCAGUUAGAAAUUUCAUGAUUAUUGGAUUAAUUCUCGCUAUUUAUACAAGCAUAAUUCAAUCGUACUUUUCAACAAGAAGUACAAAGAAAAUAUUUAAUAAUUGUAAAGACAUUUUUGAUGCUUUUCAAGUGGAAUUCAAUGUGAAUAUAAAUUUGAAAGAUCUGAAGAAACGAACUUGGAAGAAAGUGGCUCAAGCAAUGAUGUUUUUGACUGCAACUCACAGCACUAUGCUGGCACUUCAUGAAAAUUCUUCAAUUAGCAUCGCGGAAAAAUUUUUAAGUUUCAUUCCAAUGACUUUUUAUAUUAGUGUGGUUUUUAAAUACAUUUUUUAUGUCACGACCAUAAAUUUUCAUCUCGAAUUGCUUGAAAAGCUUCUGCGAAAUGUUGCUAUUAAAAAGGAAGAUAAAAUUAUGGAAAAAAUUAUUCCUGGAAGGAAUCUUCGACCAGUUUCUGUGACUUCUCAGGAGUAUAUUGAUCCGAUGAAACAAUUCCGUGCCGCACGAAAGAUCUACAAUUUGAUAUCUGAAAAUGGUGAUCUGGUGAACAAAUGCCAUGGAUUCACAAUUUUAGUUUUAUUACUCGGCAUUGUUCUCACAUUAACGGGAAGUGGAUAUCGAGCUUUUAUGAUAAUUAUGAAAAACUUGUCAUGGAGAGAGACGCCAGGAGUCUUAUACGUUCUUGUAAUGACAAUAACAAUUUUAAUAGCUAUUGUCGUCCAUUGUAACAACACAACUCAACUUAUUAAAAAACUUGCAACAACUGUCAACAAAAUUGAAUGUGAAAAUUUUGAUUACCUUAAAGCAGACGUUCGGCAAGUUCUUGAAAAUUUUUAUUCACAAUUAAUCAGUCAACCAGUUGAAUUCACUGCAAAUGAUUUCUAUACAAUCAAUUUGGCUCUUUUGGGAUCUAUAAUAACAGGUGUCAUGUCCUAUGAAGUUAUUCUUGUUCAAUUUUAUGCAUCGUAA